AGUGGGCCCUCAAAACAUUCUUUUGCAUAUGUUGAAUUGCUAAAAGAAGAUGACAGAUUUUUAGAUAUACUAGUUCAGACAUCUCCAGCGUUUAACGGGCAUGCCUUUCCCAAACUGAAGCUGCGAUAUAAGCCUUCACUUGUACAAAUAAAAUGCCUAGAAGAAAAGUGCGAUCGCACCGCAUUGUUCAAGGUACUCCAAACUCGGCGGAAACAAACAGCACUGAACAACAGACUGCUAUUGGAUCUUCGAAUGUUCCGGUUACACCUGAGGAACCUAUAGAAGUUCAAAAUGAAACUGGUCGGACGCGGAGAGGUCGCGGACAUACGGUACUGAGCGAUUUAUACGACCUAGAUCCAGUCGAGCGUGUCCAAGUAUCCAGUAAUAGCUUCGGUCAGCCUGUUGGAUCAGAAGCUCGCCUUUUAGUAGGAUACAUGGGCAUUCUAGCACGGAAUGCAAAUAUGUUACCCAUUAACUUCGAGUCAUGGCAUAAAGUGCCCGAGAGUAACAAGAACCAAGCUCUGGAUAACAUUAAGGCGAGAUUUGCUCUAGAGGUCUCCGAUGCUUAUGUAAAGAAGGCAUUGGGAAAAAGAUGGAGAGACCAUAAGAGCACUUUAAAGAAAGACUAUUUUAAGACAAAAACAACACUCGAGGAGAGAUUACAAAAUGUCCCGCCGGGAAUGCUGAUAUCUGGCGAAGAGAAGCGGAGGUGGCAACUAGAGAAUGCAGUGCUGCAAGAGAAGCAGAGGCUAAAGCGAGGAAGUAGAGGUGCAAUGAGGAAGCAGAGUAGCGUCAAAAGUUCGAUGAACUCCAACAGCAGCUUCAGAGCAUGA